ACCCUGCAAGCGGCUUCUAUCUCCUACUUGUUCCUCUGGUGAGCUAGGUUGCUCAAACUUGAAAAAAAAAAAAUGCCUAAACUCCUGCAAGGCAUCAUCACUGUCAUCGAUGUUUUCUACCAAUAUGCCACUAAGUAUGGGGAGUAUGAUAUGUUGAACAAGGCAGAGCUGAAAGAACUUUUGGAAAAUGAGUUUCAUCAAAUUCUGAAGAAUCCAAAUGAUCCAGAUACUGUGGAGCUCAUCUUGAAAAGUCUGGAUCGAGAUCAUAACAAGAAAGUGGAUUUUACUGAGUAUCUUCUGAUGAUAUUCCAGCUGGUUCAGGCUCGUAAUAAAAUCAUUGGCAAAGAUUACUACCAAGCUUCAGGGUCAAAGCUGAGAGACGACAGUCACCAGCACCAAGAGGAACAAGAUGAAACAGAAGAAGAGGAGGAAAAAGGGCAAGAAGCCUCUUCCAGUCAUUCAAGUUGGAGUGCAGGAGAGAACGAUUCCUAUUCCAGGAACUCCAGAAGAAGCAAGAAACAUAGGCCUAAAUCCAUAUGCAGAAGCCUGCAUUACCAAAGAAACUUCUCUACGUCAUCUAGGGGCGAACGACACGGAUCUAGCUCAGGUCAGUCUUCCGCCUAUGGUCAGCAUGGGUCUGGCUCCCGUCAGUCUUCGGGGCGCGGCCGACACGGGUCUGGAUCUGGCCAGUCUCCUAGCCCUAGCCGCGGCCGACAUGGAUCUGGUUCCAGGCAGUCUUCCAGCCACGGCCCCCAUGGCUCUGGCUCAGGGCGCUCUUCCAGCCGUGGCCCACAUGAGUCUGGCUCGGGCCACUCUUCUGGCCUAGGUCAGCAUGAGUCCCGUUCAGGACAGUCCUCUGGUUACACUCAACGCGGAUCUAGCUCGGGUCACUCCCCUAGCCACGGACAGCAUGGUUCUGCAUCAGGACAGUCAUCAAGCUGUGGACAACAUGGAGCUAGCUCAGGUCAGUCCUCCAGCUAUGGCCAUCAUGGCUCGGGCUCAAGUCAGUCUUCUGGCUAUGGCCGACACGGCUCUGGAUCUGGCCAGUCUCCUAGCCGCGGCCGACAUGGGUCCGGCUCAGGACACCCCGGCCAACGUGGGUCCUCUUCCAGCCACGGCCAACACGGCUCUGGCUCAGGUUCUUCUUCCAGCCGAGGCCCAUAUCAGUCUGGCUCAGGCCACUCUUCUGGCUUCGGUCAACAUGAGUCUAGCUCAGGACAGUCCUCUGGUUAUAGUCAGCACGGAAGUGGCUCGGGGUACACCUCUAGCCACGGACAACACAGUUCCACGUCAGGACAGUCCUCCAGCUUUGGCCAGGAGGGAUCUAGCUCGGGGCAGUCUUCCAGCUACGGUCAGCAUGGCUCUGGCUCACAUCAGUCUUCGGGCCGCGGCCGACACGGGUCUGGAUCCGGACAGUCCUCUGGUUAUAGUCAGCAUGGUUCUGGCUCAGGUCACUCGUCUAGCCAUGGACAACACGGUUCCACGUCAGGGCAGUCUUCCAGCUUUGGCCCAUAUCAGUCUGGCUCAGGCCACUCUUCUGGCUUCGGUCAACAUGAGUCUAGCUCAGGACAGUCCUCUGGUUACAGUCAGCAUGGAUCUGGCUCAGGUCACUCCUCUGGCUACGGCCAACAUGGUUCUAGCUCAGGAGCGUCAUCUAGGGGCGAACGACACAGAUCUAGCUCAGGUCAGUCUUCCACCUAUGGUCAGCAUGGGUCUGGCUCCCGUCAGUCUUCGGGGCGCGGCCGACACGGGUCUGGAUCUGGCCAGUCUUGUAGUCCUAGCCGCGGCCGACAUGGAUCUGGUUCCGGGCAGUCUUCCAGCCACGGCCCCCAUGGCUCUGGCUCAGGGCGCUCUUCCAGCCGUGGCCCACAUGAGUCUGGCUCGGGCCACUCUUCUGGCCUAGGUCAGCAUGAGUCCCGUUCCGGACAGUCCUCUGGCUACACUCAACGCGGAUCUAGCUCGGGUCACUCCUCUAGCCACGGACAGCAUGGUUCUGCAUCAGGACAGUCAUCAAGCUGUGAACAACAUGGAGCUAGCUCAGGUCAGUCCUCCAGCUAUGGCCACCAUGGCUCGGGCCCAAGUCAGUCUUCUGGCUAUGGCCAACACGGCUCUGGAUCUGGUCAGUCUCCUAGCCGCGGCCGACAUGGGUCCGGCUCAGGACAUUCCUCUGGUUAUAGUCAGCACGGAAGUGGCUCAGGGUACACCUCUAGCCACGGACAACACGGUUCCACAUCAGAGCAGUCCUCCAGCUUUGGCCAGAAGGGAUCUAGCUCAGGGCAGUCUUCCGGCUACGGUCAGCAUGGCUCUGGCUCACAUCACUCAGGACAGUCCUCUGGUUAUAGUCAGCACGGAAGUGGCUCGGGGUACACCUCUAGCCACGGACAACACGGUUCCACGUCAGGACAUUCCUCCAGCUUUGGCCAGGAGGGAUCUAGCUCGGGGCAGUCUUCCAGCUACGGUCAGCAUGGCUCUGGCUCACAUCAGUCUUCGGGCCGCGGCCGACACGGGUCUGGAUCCGGUGUGGGGCACUCUUCCAGCCACGGCCCACACGGCUCUGGCUCAGGGACUUCUUCCAGCCGUGGCCCCUAUGGGUCUGGCUCUGGCCACUCUUCCGGCUAUGGCCAACACGAGUCUGGCUCAGGACAGUCCUCUGGUUAUAGUCAGCAUGGUUCUGGCUCAGGUCACUCCUCUAGCCAUGGACAACAUGGUUCCACGUCAGGACAGUCCUCAAGCUUUGGCCAGAAGGGAUCUAGCUCAGGGCAGUCUUCCGGCUACGGUCAGCAUGGCUCUGGCUCACAUCAGUCUCGGGGCCACAGCCGACAUGGGUCCGGGUCCGCUUCCGGCCGGUCUCCUAGCCCCGGCCAACGUGGGUCCUCUUCUAACCACAGCCAACACGGUUCUGGCUCAGGUUCUUCUUCCAGCCGAGGCCCGUAUCAGUCUGGCUCAGGCCACUCUUCUGGCUUCGGUCAACAUGAGUCUAGCUCAGGACAGUCCUCUGGUUACAGUCAGCAUGGAUCUGGCUCAGGUCACUCCUCUGGCUACGGCCAACAUGGUUCUAGCUCAGGAGCGUCAUCUAGGGGCGAACGACACGGAUCUAGCUCAGGUCAGUCUUCCGCCUAUGGUCAGCAUGGGUCUGGCUCCCGUCAGUCUUCGGGGCGCGGCCGACACGGGUCUGGAUCUGGCCAGUCUCGUAGUCCUAGCCGCGGCCGACAUGGAUCUGGUUCCGGGCAGUCUUCCAGCCACGGCCCCCAUGGCUCUGGCUCAGGGCGCUCUUCCAGCCGUGGCCCACAUGAGUCUGGCUCGGGCCACUCUUCUGGCCUAGGUCAGCAUGAGUCCCGUUCAGGACAGUCCUCUGGCUACAAUCAACGCGGAUCUAGCUCGGGUCACUCCUCUAGCCACGGACAGCAUGGUUCUGCAUCAGGACAGUCAUCAAGUUGUGGACAACAUGGAGCUAGCUCAGGUCAGUCCUCCAGCUAUGGCCACCAUGGCUCGGGCUCAAGUCAGUCUUCUGGCUAUGGCCAACACGGCUCUGGAUCUGGCCAGUCUCCUAGCCGCGGCCGACAUGGGUCCGGCUCAGGACAGUCUUCCGGCUACGGCCAACACGGCUCUGGCUCAGGUUCUUCUUCCAGUCGUGGCCCCUAUGGGUCUGGCUCUGGCCACUCUUCCGGCUAUGGCCAACACGAGUCUGGCUCAGGACAGUCCUCUGGUUAUAGUCAGCAUGGUUCUGGCUCAGCUCACUCGUCUAGCCAUGGACAACACGGUUCCACGUCAGGGCAGUCCUCCAGCUUUGGCCAGAAGGGAUCUAGCUCAGGGCAGUCUUCCGGCUACAGUCAGCAUGGCUCUGGUUCACAUCAGUCUCAGGGCCACGGCCGACACGGGUCCGGGUCCGCUUCCGGCCGGUCUCCUAGCCCCGGCCAACGUGGGUCCUCUUCCAGCCACGGCCAACACGGCUCUGGCUCAGGUUCUUCUUCCAGCCGAGGCCCGUAUCAGUCUGGCUCAGGCCACUCUUCUGGCUUCGGUCAACAUGAGUCUAGCUCAGGACAGUCCUCUGGUUAUAGUCAGCACAGAAGUGGCUCGGGGUACACCUCUAGCCACGGACAACACAGUUCCACGUCAGGACAGUCCUCCAGCUUUGGCCAGGAGGGAUCUAGCUCGGGGCAGUCUUCCAGCUACGGUCAGCAUGGCUCUGGCUCACAUCAGUCUUCGGGCCGCGGCCGACACGGGUCUGGAUCCGCUGCGGGGCACUCUUCCAGCCACGGCCCACACGGCUCUGGCUCAGGUUCUUCUUCCAGCCGUGGCCCCUAUGGGUCUGGCUCUGGCCACUCUUCCGGCUACGGCCAACACGAGUCUGGCUCAGGACAGUCCUCUGGUUAUAGUCAGCAUGGUUCUGGCUCAGGCCACUCUUCUGGCUUCGGUCAACAUGAGUCUAGCUCAGGACAGUCCUCUGGUUACAGUCAGCAUGGAUCUGGCUCAGGUCACUCCUCUGGCUACGGCCAACAUGGUUCUAGCUCAGGAGCGUCAUCUAGGGGCGAACGACACAGAUCUAGCUCAGGUCAGUCUUCCACCUAUGGUCAGCAUGGGUCUGGCUCCCGUCAGUCUUCGGGGCGCGGCCGACACGGGUCUGGAUCUGGCCAGUCUCGUAGUCCUAGCCGCGGCCGACAUGGAUCUGGUUCCGGGCAGUCUUCCAGCCACGGCCCCCAUGGCUCUGGCUCAGGGCGCUCUUCCAGCCGUGGCCCACAUGAGUCUGGCUCGGGCCACUCUUCUGGCCUAGGUCAGCAUGAGUCCCGUUCCGGACAGUCCUCUGGCUACACUCAACGCGGAUCUAGCUCGGGUCACUCCUCUAGCCACGGACAGCAUGGUUCUGCAUCAGGACAGUCAUCAAGCUGUGAACAACAUGGAGCUAGCUCAGGUCAGUCCUCCAGCUAUGGCCACCAUGGCUCGGGCCCAAGUCAGUCUUCUGGCUAUGGCCAACACGGCUCUGGAUCUGGUCAGUCUCCUAGCCGCGGCCGACAUGGGUCCGGCUCAGGACAUUCCUCUGGUUAUAGUCAGCACGGAAGUGGCUCAGGGUACACCUCUAGCCACGGACAACACGGCCCAUAUCAGUCUGGCUCAGGCCACUCUUCUGGCUUCGGUCAACAUGAGUCUAGCUCAGGACAGUCCUCUGGUUAUAGUCAGCACGGAAGUGGCUCGGGGUACACCUCUAGCCACGGACAACACGGUUCCACGUCAGGACAUUCCUCCAGCUUUGGCCAGGAGGGAUCUAGCUCGGGGCAGUCUUCCAGCUACGGUCAGCAUGGCUCUGGCUCACAUCAGUCUUCGGGCCGCGGCCGACACGGGUCUGGAUCCGGUGUGGGGCACUCUUCCAGCCACGGCCCACACGGCUCUGGCUCAGGGACUUCUUCCAGCCGUGGCCCCUAUGGGUCUGGCUCUGGCCACUCUUCCGGCUAUGGCCAACACGAGUCUGGCUCAGGACAGUCCUCUGGUUAUAGUCAGCAUGGUUCUGGCUCAGGUCACUCCUCUAGCCAUGGACAACAUGGUUCCACGUCAGGACAGUCCUCAAGCUUUGGCCAGAAGGGAUCUAGCUCAGGGCAGUCUUCCGGCUACGGUCAGCAUGGCUCUGGCUCACAUCAGUCUCGGGGCCACAGCCGACAUGGGUCCGGGUCCGCUUCCGGCCGGUCUCCUAGCCCCGGCCAACGUGGGUCCUCUUCUAACCACAGCCAACACGGUUCUGGCUCAGGUUCUUCUUCCAGCCGAGGCCCGUAUCAGUCUGGCUCAGGCCACUCUUCUGGCUUCGGUCAACAUGAGUCUAGCUCAGGACAGUCCUCUGGUUACAGUCAGCAUGGAUCUGGCUCAGGUCACUCCUCUGGCUACGGCCAACAUGGUUCUAGCUCAGGAGCGUCAUCUAGGGGCGAACGACACGGAUCUAGCUCAGGUCAGUCUUCUGCCUAUGGUCAGCAUGGGUCUGGCUCCCGUCAGUCUUCGGGGCGCGGCCGACACGGGUCUGGAUCUGGCCAGUCUCGUAGUCCUAGCCGCGGCCGACAUGGAUCUGGUUCCGGGCAGUCUUCCAGCCACGGCCCCCAUGGCUCUGGCUCAGGGCGCUCUUCCAGCCGUGGCCCACAUGAGUCUGGCUCGGGCCACUCUUCUGGCCUAGGUCAGCAUGAGUCCCGUUCAGGACAGUCCUCUGGCUACAAUCAACGCGGAUCUAGCUCGGGUCACUCCUCUAGCCACGGACAGCAUGGUUCUGCAUCAGGACAGUCAUCAAGUUGUGGACAACAUGGAGCUAGCUCAGGUCAGUCCUCCAGCUAUGGCCACCAUGGCUCGGGCUCAAGUCAGUCUUCUGGCUAUGGCCAACACGGCUCUGGAUCUGGCCAGUCUCCUAGCCGCGGCCGACAUGGGUCCGGCUCAGGACAGUCUUCCGGCUACGGCCAACACGGCUCUGGCUCAGGUUCUUCUUCCAGUCGUGGCCCCUAUGGGUCUGGCUCUGGCCACUCUUCCGGCUAUGGCCAACACGAGUCUGGCUCAGGACAGUCCUCUGGUUAUAGUCAGCAUGGUUCUGGCUCAGCUCACUCGUCUAGCCAUGGACAACACGGUUCCACGUCAGGGCAGUCCUCCAGCUUUGGCCAGAAGGGAUCUAGCUCAGGGCAGUCUUCCGGCUACAGUCAGCAUGGCUCUGGUUCACAUCAGUCUCAGGGCCACGGCCGACACGGGUCCGGCUCGGGGCAGUCUUCCAGCUACGGUCAGCAUGGCUCUGGCUCACAUCAGUCUUCGGGCCGCGGCCGACACGGGUCUGGAUCCGCUGCGGGGCACUCUUCCAGCCACGGCCCACACGGCUCUGGCUCAGGUUCUUCUUCCAGCCGUGGCCCCUAUGGGUCUGGCUCUGGCCACUCUUCCGGCUACGGCCAACACGAGUCUGGCUCAGGACAGUCCUCUGGUUAUAGUCAGCAUGGUUCUGGCUCAGGUCACUCGUCUAGCCAUGGACAACACGGUUCCACGUCAGGGCAGUCUUCCAGCUUUGGCCAGAAGGGAUCUAGCUCAGGGCAGUCUUCCGGCUACGGUCAGCAUGGCUCUGGCUCACAUCAGUCUCGGGGCCACGGCCGACACGGGUCCGGGUCCGCUUCCGGCCGGUCUCCUAGCCCCGGCCAACGUGGGUCCUCUUCCAGCCACGGCCAACACGGCUCUGGCUCAGGUUCUUCUUCCAGCCAAGGCCCAUAUCAGUCUGGCUCAGGCCACUCUUCUGGCUUCGGUCAACAUGAGUCUAGCUCAGGACAGUCCUCUGGUUACAGUCAGCAUGGAUCUGGCUCAGGUCACUCCUCUGGCUACGGCCAACAUGGUUCUAGCUCAGGAGCGUCAUCUAGGGGCGAACGACACAGAUCUAGCUCAGGUCAGUCUUCCACCUAUGGUCAGCAUGGGUCUGGCUCCCGUCAGUCUUCGGGGCGCGGCCGACACGGGUCUGGAUCUGGCCAGUCUCGUAGUCCUAGCCGCGGCCGACAUGGAUCUGGUUCCGGGCAGUCUUCCAGCCACGGCCCCCAUGGCUCUGGCUCAGGGCGCUCUUCCAGCCGUGGCCCACAUGAGUCUGGCUCGGGCCACUCUUCUGGCCUAGGUCAGCAUGAGUCCCGUUCCGGACAGUCCUCUGGCUACACUCAACGCGGAUCUAGCUCGGGUCACUCCUCUAGCCACGGACAGCAUGGUUCUGCAUCAGGACAGUCAUCAAGCUGUGAACAACAUGGAGCUAGCUCAGGUCAGUCCUCCAGCUAUGGCCACCAUGGCUCGGGCCCAAGUCAGUCUUCUGGCUAUGGCCAACACGGCUCUGGAUCUGGUCAGUCUCCUAGCCGCGGCCGACAUGGGUCCGGCUCAGGACAUUCCUCUGGUUAUAGUCAGCACGGAAGUGGCUCAGGGUACACCUCUAGCCACGGACAACACGGCCCGUAUCAGUCUGGCUCAGGCCACUCUUCUGGCUUCGGUCAACAUGAGUCUAGCUCAGGACAGUCCUCUGGUUACAGUCAGCAGGGAUCUCGCUCAGGUCACUCCUCUGGCUACAGCCAACAUGGUUCUAGCUCAGGAGCGUCAUCUAGGGGCGAACGACACGGAUCUAGCUCAGGUCAGUCUUCCGCCUAUGGUCAGCAUGGGUCUGGCUCCCGUCAGUCUUCGGGGCACGGCCGACACGGGUCUGGAUCUGGCCAGUCUCCUAGCCCUAGCCGCGGCCGACCUGGAUCUGGUUCCAGGCAGUCUUCCAGCCACGGCCCACAUGGCUCUGGCUCAGGGCGCUCUUCCAGCCGUGGCCCACAUGCGUCUGGCUCGGGCCACUCUUCUGGCCUAGGUCAGCAUGAGUCCCGUUCAGGACAGUACUCUGGCUACACUCAACGUGGAUCUAGCUCGGGUCACUCCUCUAGCCACGGACAGCAUGGUUCUGCAUCAGGACAGUCAUCAAGUUGUGGACAACAUGGAGCUAGCUCAGGUCAGUCCUCCAGCUAUGGCCACCAUGGCUCCGGCUCAAGUCAGUCUUCUGGCUAUGGCCGACACGGCUCUGGAUCUGGCCAGUCUCCUAGCCGGGGCUGGUAUGAUUCUGGUUCAGGAGAGUCUUUUAGCCCUGGCCAACAUGGGACUGUCUCAGGGUAUUCUUCCAGCCACUACAGUGAACAUGGCUCUGGCUCUGAUCAGUCUUCCAGCUUUGGUCAGCAUGAGUUUGGAUUCCAGCAGCCUUCAGCCUUUGGACAAGACUGGUCUGGAUCUGUCCACUCUCCUAGCUGUCACCAACGUGGUCAACCUAGAAAUCAACCCAAAUAG